AUCACUGCAUAUUGCCGCUUUAUAACCUAUUUAUUACACACAGGAUUUUGUGUUGCGAUAAAUAACAUAAAGUACACUUACGUUCAUUCAAUCAUGUCCACUCCAGUUUUAGUAAAGCAACAACAAAAAAAACCUCAGUCAGGGAAAAAAGUUUCAACCAAAGGCUUGAAAAACGUAUUGGCUUUACCAGACGAAAAUUUCUGGCCGCUUCUGAAAAGCGAUCCAGGGGCUGAACUAGAAGAUCUCUUGAAAAAAUUAUUACCGGUUUUAAAACGUGACAAAAAAGUACUACCCUGGUCACAAAUUCGUAAAAUGAACAAAGAAGAAAGAUCAGCUGCACGCAAGAACGCUCAAGUUGAAUGUGAUACUACCCAUGAUGAAAGUGCUGCGAAAUCCAUAGUACUGGGAAUCAAUGCUACUACAAGGUCGUUGGAAAAGGAUGAUGCUUGUUGUAUUUUAAUAGAUGGAACUUUCAAACCACCAGUUUUGAUAAAACAUGUAAUUGCCAUGGCAAAAAGCAAAAGCAUCCCUAUACUUAUUGUUCCUUUUUUAAAAAAAGUAACUUUAGAAACGAUUGGAUUUUCUUGUGCUGCGAUAGGCAUCAAGAAUUGUGUAAAAAGUACAUCAAAUAAUUACUUUAAUGCUUUGUAUCAAAAAGUGAAAGAAAUUUCAUUAGAAUUUACUCCAUCAACAACUAUUGAAUCGGUUGAAAAUAAACCAUUAGACGAACCUUCAAAGGUACAGGAUGCCAGUGUCACCAAUGUUGAUGCAAAGAAUCACCAAGAUAUGGAAGUAGAUGUACAAGAUAAUACAAAGCUUUCUACUGUCUCUACAAAUGUUUAUUUAUACAGAGAAUCAAAAGAUAAAAGAAUUUUCAAUCCAAUGAGCAUAUCUAAAGAUUUAAACAAAAAAGAGGAAGCACAG